CUCCAGUUCCUUACAGGCCUCGAACACAGCCCUUGGGAUACUCCAUUAAGAGAUCACCCUCUCUGAUCCAAGCUUGCCAAAAAGAAGAGCAAACAGAAACCCAAUGUUUAGGCCUCUGAUCCAGGGCUGGAAGAGACUCCCAGCCCUUGUGCCUGCACUCUCUGUGAGAAGCACCAGUAAUGGAUCAAACUGCAGACUUGCACUGGCCAACAAAGUCGCUGUGGUUACAGGGUCCACAAAUGGGAUUGGUUUCUCCAUUGCUCGGCGUCUGGCCCAGGAUGGGGCCCACGUGGUCAUCAGCAGCCGGAAGCAGCAGAAUGUGGACCGUGCAGUGGCCACAUUGAAGGAGGAGGGGUUGAGUGUGACGGGCACUGUGUGCCAUGUGGGGAAGGCAGAAGACCGGGAGCAGCUGGUGGCCACGGCCCUGGAAAGCUGUGGGGGUGUGGACUUCCUGGUGUGUGUCGCAGGGACUAAUCCCUUGGUGGGGAGUACCUUAAGGAGCAGUGAGCAGAUCUGGGACAAGAUCCUGGGUGUGAAUGUGAAGGCCCCAGCCCUGCUGCUGAGCCAGCUGCUGCCCCAUAUGGAAAACAGGGGACAAGGUUCCGUGGUCCUGGUGUCCUCAGUCGCAGCCUAUAUACCGUUUCCUAGGCUGGGAGUCUACAAUGUCAGUAAAACAGCCCUGCUGGGAUUAACCAAGACCCUGGCAGUAGAGCUAGCACCGAAGAACAUUCGAGUGAACUGCUUAGCACCAGGCGUCAUCAACACGGACUUCGGCCGGGUGGUGAGGACCAAGGGCAAGAAGCUCGUCCAGCCCCUGAGUUCUGGGCGCCUGCCACCUCCCAGAUAUGCCCCUGCACUCUUUUUUCUAAGUCUCUCAUAUGAUCAUCCUGACCACAAUUUCCCCUCCCUCCACACCUCCGAGUUGUCGGCCCGCCACCUCCCCUCUCCUGGAGACCCACUCCUCCUCUUUCCCUUCAGUAAAGAGCAGUGCCCCAGCGAUAUCAGCCAAACACAGCAUUACAAGAUACAAGACCAGGCACCAACCCUAUCAAGGCUGGACCAAGCGAUCCAGUAGGAGGACAAGGGUCCCACAAGCUGGCGAAAGAGUCAGAGACACCCCUCUCCCAUUGUGAGGAGUCCUACAAAAACGCCAAGCCAAACAACCACAGCAUGAGUGCAGAGGCUCUAGUUUGGACCCAUGCAGGCUCGGUGAUUUUCGCUUCAGUCUCUGCCAGUCUACGCGACCCCUGCUUAGUUGCUUCUGCGAGCCGUGUUCUCCUAGUGGGUCCUGCAAUCUUAAACCUUUUGGUCUCCUUUUCACUCAGAUGUUCUGGUCCACAGCUUUGGGAAUCCACAUUAGAAUCAAAAUCAGGGUCAUCCCAGAGUGUCCCCAGAGAAGCCCUUUCACAAACAUACAGCAUGCGUCCUGCAGAGCCCAUGUGACUGCAUCCUGCGUGAACGGGACUCUAAUUUCUGACCUUGCCUUUAGCUCACGGAAGACCCGGCCUUUGAGGACCAUUUGAAGUACGUCUAUGGAAUGCAGAGGUAGGUUAUCAUGAGGCAGACUCCCCUGUAGAUCUGACUUAGCAUGACCUCAGAACCUACAUGAAAGAAGAGACGCCAGAGUCUGUUGCUCUGUGGGUCAUUAGCCACUCCCCAAAGGCUCCUAGCAGAGCCCAUAAGCCUCCGCUUGUGAAUCUUUGCUCAUCCCCACGGGGUCUUGAUUCGGCAGCUUCCCACAGUGCAUGGGGCUGAUGUGAGGUCAUCACUGUUUCAGCCUCCUCUCCUCUCUCCAUACAGAGUGGGUCAGCCUGAGGACUGUGCAGGAAUCGUGUCUUUCCUGUGCUCCCCAGAGGCCAGCUAUAUCACUGGUGAGAACAUCGCUGUAGCUGGCUGGUCCCCCCACCUCUGAGGGGUCAGAGCUCAGGCUUGCCUCCCAUGUCCCUAAGGCCAUAUGUGAUAAUGUUUUUAAAAAUAAGUCUGUGUUCCAAAUGUGUACACUUUGGCUCAAAGUUUUUAGAGAAAUAAAACCUCAUCAGAAAAGAGUUUGUAAUGCAAAACUUGGUUAAAAUGAACAAAACAAUCUCAGUUUGCCAGAAAACAAAAUGUGGGAUUAGGGAAUCUUGAGUCAAAAGAAGAAGGUGUAGUUGGGCAGGGAAAGUGCUAGAAGCAAGGACAGCAAAUUGGUUUUCUGUGCAUGUUACCAAAUGCUUUUGAGCAGAGUAUUUCCUAAAGGGUCCUGUGAGCCUGGUCUCUUAAUAGCUAAUUCUGCAGCUAAGGAAGCUGAGACUUAGAGUGGAUGGCCUGAGAAGACGUACGUAGUGUGUGAGACGGAGCUGAACUCAACAUUGUUUCUACAAUAGGGUGGAAGUGGCCUGGACUCACGCCCGAGGGAAGAGCAUUCCCCGGGCUGCUCAUUCUCCCGUCAGGUUCAUAGCUAACUGCUUCCCUGCACACGCCUGCUACAGUGUGCUAGCUGAAGAAAACCUUUGUCUUCAUGAGUUUAUUACCUCGGGUAUUUCUUAUAAUUAUGGGAAGCUAGCUAACAUACACGGAAUGACUGCUGAGGUUUUCUUUCUGAAAACUCAAUUCCAGGGUUCCCCAGAGUCCAAAGAUUCUCAGAUAGUUGACACAAACCAUCACUGCCCCCUACCUCAGCUGGGUCAGAAGCAUCGUCACCUGAAAGGGACAGAAAAAUAUAUCUCAGUGCCCUUCUACUGACCCUUAGAGAAAGAUGUAAGCAAAAAGAGAAUACGGAAUGGAGAGAGCCAAACGGAGGUAUAGAGAAAGGAGAACUAGAACCUAAGCCUAUAUGUUUAGAGACCACACCUGUAAGAAGCAACACAAAUUACACAGCCUGACCAACUCAGAGAGCUCCUACCCAGAUGCUAAGCCAGUGAGUGGGUAUACUAGAUGAAUUCCUUAACAGCACACAUCAUACACACACAUGUGCAUAUGUACACGGAGCAGGUAUACAUGGACUAUGCUCUUGGAGGAUCUCAAGGAUUCUUCCUUGAGUGAAAGAAAGACGAAUAUACUAAGAGAAACUAACAUCGCUGGGAAGGUUAAGGGUUUUUGUGAGCAAAGAAUGGCUGUUGGUAGCUGGCCUUGGAGGCACACACCUUUAAUCCCAGCACUCUGGAGGCAGAGACAAGUGGAUCUCUGUGAAUUCAAGGCCAGCGUGGCCCACAGAAUGAGU